AUAAUGCAAAAUGGAUGUUAUAUCCAUAUGUACGGAGAUAUUAGAAUGGAUAUAAUAUCCAUUUCUAGAGAAAAUGGAUAUAAUAUUGAAUUUGAAACGACGAGAACUGGCAGCGUCCCAAUAAUAGCACAUUGAGGUUUUAGUUAUGGAUACGAGGCUGUUUGAAGAGAGUUUCGGAACUGCGAAACAAACCUGGCCAACGAAGACGGUUCUCUUUUUUGCGUUUGCUUCUAGAUUAAAAUAAGUUCAAUUCAAGUGUGUUUUGUGAUAAUGUAGUGUUGAUUUAUGUAUUUUUUGUUGGUUAGAAGUUUCUGCAUAAGAAGCAACUAGAUGUCCUGACUCUUAGUAGGUGUUGGUGUGGCAAUUAUUGUAAAGACAACUCCAUCCCAUAUCUGCCCAUUUUUUUUCUUUUGUACUUUUUUUAAACAGCAAUAUUAGCUACCUAUAGCUAACUAGCUAUGGGAUACAUUUACGGUGACUUCAUUGGAUAACAAGGCAGGAACAUAGCUAGUAAGGGUCUAAAAAUAAUAUAAAUAAGCCCUCUUCUUCUUGGCUUAGCUAGCUAAAAAAUAUCACAGUCGGUGAUAUUCAGGGCUGAUACAGGGAGUACUCAAUUUUCCUUGUGUUCUUUCUUGUUCUUCUAUUGCCUGUGAGGAUGCACGCACAUAAACACUCACAACUCAUCUAUCGAUGCAGGAUAGCUAAUGAUAUGGCAUGUAAAAACUAGCACCACACCACUUCACUAAUUACACUGAAAAUAUUUUUUAAAUUGUUGUCUUUUGUCAGAUCACGAAAUUAUAAGCAACCUUCUUUAAACCCAACAAGAAGUAAAAACUAUCAGAGGUUUAUCUGUUAUUAUAUAAAUGGUUUAGGAAAAAUAAUAAUAACAACAAAAACCUAUAAUUAGGGGAUUGUUCCACUGUGGCCAUUAGAACAAAAAAAAAAUAAAGAAAAGAAAAAUCUUAUAGACUGCCUCAGCUUAAUCACAUAAUUUUGCUAGUAGCCUAGUACAGUUAAAAAAUGUAUUUUGUGAUAGUCCCUUGCUUUUCUUUCUUGCAGGGCUUUUGCGUCUUGAUCCGUAUUAGAAAAACGUGGUAAAUUAUCUUUCUGACUAAACUUUCUUUAUAGUAGGUAAAAACUAAAAUCGAGAUGGGACCAAAGAAAAAAGCUGGUGGUCAGAAGCUGAGUGACUAUUUGUCUGUACCUAGUCGUCACUUAUUGUUAAAAAUGCAAGAAGAGGAAGGCAGGGUUUUUAAAGAUCCCAAUAUUCUCAAAGCAAUCUACCAAGCAAAAUUAGAAAGAUCAAUGGAUAGCCGCACGUCUUCAACGUCAAAUUCUGCCAGUUCUGAUUCUUUUAUUAGUAGUAAUAGUACACCAUGCUUUGCAAGUUCAAAAUUAGGUAAACAAUCCUUAUUAACAUCAAGUAUGGUCGCACUUCUAAAUGAAAAGAAGAAGAAAAGUGUGUCAUUAAAGAAAAAGAUAGUUCCCUUUGUGAUGUCAAGGAGUGGAACUUACAAAUCUAAGAGACCAGUGAAGUUAGUAAAUGAAAGGGAUAAAAAAAUUGAAUUGACUGCUCCACAAUUACAAAUGGAUGUCUGCGAAACACCCAGUAUGCCUGAAUAUGUUAUGGAAAACAGCGAAGAAGGUUGGGGUGUAUUCAUAUAUAAAUGUGAAUUCAUUGAAGCUUUGGUGUCAUUUCGAGUUUUAGUUUAUAUAUGUUUUACUUUAGCUUUAAACAGACAACUGCAAUUAUCAGAGAAAUUUUUGGGCGAAAUUUCAACUAACCGGAAAGCUCCUAUAACCUGGGCUGAAAGAGCAAGUAGAUUUCAAACAUCUUUCAUAGCAGAACGUGAGCAGUUGCACAAAGCAUUUAUGCUAUCACAAAAUCCAGGGCAUAGUUCAUGCACUAACUGUCAUGAAGCUGAGUGUUCUGUGAUCUGUAUGGAUUGUAAGCAGUACAAACACCUUUGUAUUGUCUGUGAUGAGAUGCUACAUUCACAUCAACCAUUUCAUGAUCGCAUUGGUUAUGUUAAUGGAGAAAUGGUUGAGUUAAAACCAAUACAGUCAAUUGAUUUCAAUGGAAAUUUAAUCGAAUUUGAAAAGCAUGUACCACUGGCAGUAAAGAGUUGUCCACAGUGUGGUUCUUCUAUUUUCCAUAAAAGAACUGACAACAGUCGUAUUAUAUCUGUUAUUUCAUUUAAAGGACGUUACGAUUUGUUUGGUUUUUCCUGCAUUUGUGUCCAAUGCUCAGCUACCUUCGAUCCAUUGACAAUAGAAAACAUUGUUGAAAGCAAUUAUUGGCCAAUGACUGUAAAACGCAUUAACACAAUCAUUGAUAUUGCUUUGUUGGAAUUUUUAACCAAACUUCAACAAAGGAUGCCAGGUUCAUCAGAGCAUAGUUUAUUAUCAACACUCAAAAUGUUAUCUACAGAUAAUGGUCGGUCCUCAAGCAUAAACAACACUGCAUUCUGUACAUCUUGGAGAGAAUACAAAUUUUGCAUGCAUAAGAUGGACAUGCUGCAGCAGAAAAAUUGGAUGGAAUGUCCUUCGUGUCAUAAUGAUCAACAUUCUUGUCAUGUAGAUGGAAACAACAAAUUGUAUCGCUACAAAUCUGCUGGUAAUAAAAGCUCUGGGCCAUCGUUCUAUCAAGAUUUAUUUAUUUGUGAUUCGGAAUGUGUGGAAAGAACUGUAGACAAUGUAUAUUCAAAGAAGUCCGGUUAUGUAAAGACUAAGAAUGACUGUGGUAACACUGUCUGGAGGGCUGCUAAGAACACUGCAAAGCAUAAUAACAAAUUAGAUGUUACUGGACUGAGUUAUUGUGCAUGCAGACACUGUGUUGCUCAAAAGGGACUGAAUAUGACUCAGGGAGAAAUAUUUGCAUACUCAUAUCACCUACAAUCUUCCUUUAUGACUUUAAAUAAAGUAAAGUAUUUUUGGUGUGAUGUUGCUUGCAAAUAUUAUCCAUGGUUAGCAGAUGUUGAUGUGAACCUCAGCCGAUCUAUGACUCCAGCAUUAUCAGUUAUGCAUGCAAAGGCACAUUCAUCAUCAUGUCAGAUACUCUGGGACGGUCGUAUGAAGAGUGGCACAGGUUUGACAACUGGUGAGGAGGUGGAGCAGGUCAACAGUUAUUUGUCUCGUUUAGGAAAUUCAACAAAGCAUCAGUUGCGUGAAGUUCGAAAUGAUACAAUUACCUGCAUGGUAUUGUCUUGGAAUCGUCAGAAAGUCAUCAAAUUAUCAUCCACAUUAAAAAAGAAAUUCUUUAAGACAAAAAAGUUGUUGGCUUUAUCGAAAACACAGCUGGAAGAUAAAAUGAUGGGAAAGGGGUGUGCGUUUCAGGAACAGAAUAUAUUAAAAUGGAAAGAAGAACUUAUUUUUUGGGCUAAAGAAUCCCAGAAUGACAACAGGAAAAUCUUCACUGAAAUGGAAGAGUUGGUCGUGUUAUCUUGUUAUCUAGGGACAAGUGAUAUUUUAUCUAAGGAACUAACAGAAUUGUUAAUUGGCACACCUUAUCUGCGAAACACAAAUCAACAAAAUUUCGAAAGAGCAACGUUUCUCAGAUCUAAAGUAUCAUCUGAACCUACCUUGGACGAUGUUGUUCCUAUAAAAAGGAAGUUUCUGCAGAUCUUCCAAGAUGAAACCGAAAAAGCAUAUUCUGGCAUAGCCCAAAGUAACAUGCAGAUGUCAAAGUUAGCAGACUCCUGUAAAAUGAGAAAAAGAAUUCGACUUAAAACGUCUGAAGAGAAAAAAAAACUUAGCAAAUUUAUCAGGAAAUAUAAUCAAGUUGCUGAUGAAGUGGGUGUGGCUACAAUUAAUGUAGAUGUUGGAAGAGACAACUUUGACUUUCCGUGGCUAGAAGAGGAAGGUCAUGAAGGAUUAUCGAUGAACUUUAAACGUUCUGUUGUCAUUCUUUUUGAACUGAUAAAACGAUGCGAAGAAGAAAUCGAAAUUUUGCAAAGAGAAAUGACAAACUAUCUGUCGUAUUACAAAAACGUGAUUGUUAAACUUGAAGAAUCUACGAAAGUGAUUCAACAGACUCCAAAUGUGAUAUCCCAAUCGAAAAUUCUCUUCAUAAAAAAAGGUGUACGAUUUGCAAAAAAACAAUUAUUGAAUGGUUACCAACAUUUUUUGGACAUAAUGAAGACGAAUACCGACAGUACCUAUAGUGUAGAAGAAUUGACUGAUGAAGAUGAUUCCGACAAUGACCUUGAUAGUGAUGAUGAUGAUAGUGAUGAUUCGAUUUCAGAAAACGAAUACGAGUAAUUAGUUGUAAAUAAAUAACUUAUUUGUUUUUGGAUUGCCGUUUUUACACCUUUCAGCAAUUUCCUAAUUAUUUUACUCUAUUAUCCCAUCAGUUUAAUCAAGAUAUCGAUUAAAUAUUUGCAUUCUUCGAAUUCUACCAUGGGGUUCUUUUGCUACGUAAAACAUGACUUCUUAAUUUCGCAUGAGUUUUUAACUCCAAGGAGAUUUUAGUAUCUUUCUGUGUUUAUAUAUAAUUGUAUUUUUAACAAAAAGAGUAAAAUAUGUAAACAGUAUAUUAUUCAAACAUUCACGAAAUCGAAGUAUAACUUCUUUCUAAUUUCACAGUA